GCUUGGAAGCGGAAGCGGGGUGCCGGAAGCGGCAGUUGCCAUGGAUCCCGCGGAGGACUGGCUUGUGGAAUCCUUGCGCUUGUACCAGGAUUUCCAUGCAUUCGACCUCUCAGGAGCCACACGAGUCCUUGAAUGGAUUGGUGACAAAGGAGUCUUUGUUGCUGGCUAUGAAAGCCUGAAAAAAAAUGAGAUUCUUCAUCUGAUACUACCUCUCAGACUUUCUGUAAAGGAAAACCAGGGCUUAUUCCCAGAAAGAGAUUUUAAAUUGCGCCAUGGCGGAUUUUCAGACGGACCUGUCUUUGAUCUAAAGCAUGUGCCAGAUACCAGGUUGCUGGUGACCAGUGGCCUUCCAGGUUGUUAUCUGCAGGUGUGGCAGUUUGCAGAAGACAGUGAUGUCAUUAAGGCUGUCAGCACCAUUGCAGUUCAUGAAAAAGAGGGAAACCUCUGGCCUAGAGUGGAUGUCUUCUCCUCAAUGGUUCCUGGAGUCCUCCAUGGGGCACGGCUCAGUGAUCUGAAGAUUGUGGAUCUGGAAUCCCAGAAGGUCAUGUACAGCUCAGACAUCAGUGACAGUGAGGAGCUGAGUAGCCUGCAGGUCCUAGAUGCAAACACCUUUGCUUUCUGCUGCACCUCUGGUCAUCUGGGGCUUGUCGAUACCCGCCAGAAGUGGGCACCAUUGGAGAAUAUCAGCCUGAACCCUGGGUCUGGUGGAGAGAGAUGGUGUGCAAAAGUUAGGGGCAUGGGCCAAGGCCCAGGAUCCUAUAUUGCAAGCCUUGGCUCAGAGGGGCAGCUCCGACUUCUUGACGCCCGGGAUCUCUGCCAUCCUGUCAGCUCAGUCCAGUGCCCAGUGUCCGCACCUAGCCCCAACCCAGAGUUGCUGCGAGUAACGUGGGCCCCAGUCCUGGACAACUGCUUAGCCAUUUCAGGUUUUGAUGGGACUGUUCAGGUCUAUGAUGUCACAACUUGGGAUGGAACAGGGAUCCAGGUGGAACCUCUCUUCACUCACAGAGGUCACCUCUUCCACGAUGAAAACAAAAUGGAUACUGCUCCACAGGUUACCACCCACACCUGGCACCCCUGCAAACCMAGGACUUUGUUAUCAGCAGCAAGUGAUGCCUCCCUGCACGUGUGGGACUGGGUGGACCUCUGUGCUUCCUGCUGACACCAGCAUCGUCCUGCCUUGGCCAUUAGGAAGAGAAGGAGAUGCUGGAGUGGCAGGCGCACUGAUUCAGUUCUUGAGUGACUACAGAUCCCUGCUACCAGCUGUAUGGCCUUGGCAAGUCAGUCUGUCUCUUGCCCCCAGUUUUCUUUUCUGUAAAAUGAGGAAAGAAAUAACUACCUUGCUGGGACUGGUGGCAAACACCUGUAA